UCAAUUUCAAUUUUUCUUUUCCACCGACUCAACCAAUGAACCUUCUCGAAACCAAUUCCUCUUGGCUCUUCCUAUCUCUAUAUCUCUACAUCAGACGCAGAGACACCCAAAAACUCGAUCCAUUGAUUACAAAUUUGUAAUUUGCUGUCCAAUUCCAUUUGCAUUCUGUUGUUCGGAUUUCUCUUGGAUUCAACAAUUUCUUUGCAAUGGCUGAAGAUGGAGCUGUCAUGGUCUACGCCGGAACUGCCAUUUCCGAUGCCGUAAAAACCCCAUUUUCCAUCAAGGCUGGCUUAGCCCAGAUGCUCCGCGGCGGGACUAUUCUCGAGGUCACGAGUGUCGAGCAGGCCAAGGUAGCGGAGGAGGCAGGGGCAUGUUCGAUUAUGGUCUCAGAACCCUCUCGAUCAGGCAUUCUUCGCAUGCCUGGCCCGUCUCUUAUUAAAGAGAUCAAGCGCUCUGUUUCUGUUCCUGUUAUGGCAAGAGCCCGUGUUGGUCAUUUUGUGGAGGCUCAGAUAUUGGAGACUGUCGGUGUUGAUUAUGUCGAUGAGAGCGAGGUUCUUGCCGUUGCCGAUGAGGAUAAUUUCAUCAACAAGCAUAACUUUAGGGGUCCGUUUGUUUGUGGGUGUCGAAAUCUUGGCGAAGCGUUGAGGAGAGUGAGAGAGGGUGCGGCAAUGAUUAGAAUUCAGGGAGAUUUGUCUGAGACUGGCAAUGUCGUUGAGACUGUGAAGAAUGUUAGGUCUGUGAUGGGUGAAAUAAGGGUCUUGAAUAACAUGGAUGAGGACGAAGUCUUUGCUUUCUCGAAGAAGAUUGCGGCACCUUACGAUCUUGUGGCCCAAACGAAACAGAUGGGUCGGUUGCCUGUUGUGCAAUUUGCAGCGGGGGGAAUUGUUACCCCUGCGGAUGCGGCACUGAUGAUGCAGUUGGGAUGUGAUGGUGUGUUUGUGGGGAAUGAAGUUUUCGGGUGCUCUAAUCCAUACAAGCGAGCCAGGGCUAUAGUCCAGGCUGUUAGGCACUACAACGAUCCUCAUGUAUUGAUGGAAUCCAGUUGUGGGUUAGAGGAUGCGAUGGCUGGGCCUAAUCUCAAUGACAGGAUCGAACAGUUUGGUCGAGGCGGGAACUAAUGCUAAUGGUGCUCAAUUCAAUGAAAAAUUCUCCAGUAACAAGAAGCAUGAAGGUUGAUCUUUCUCCAGUCCUUUUCAUGGCCUAACUAUCCUGGAUCUCCAUUGAAAACAAAGGGUAUUGCUCCAGUUAAUAAUGGCAAAGCCGUCGUGACACCUUCCAGAACCCAUUUUAUGUCUUGGGGGGCAAAUGUAUGAGCCAGGGCCGAUGUUCUUUACAAAUCAUUCCCUCUUUGUUGGCUUGGAAACUCUGCUAUUAUUUGUAACUUAAUGACUGCUGUAUUUUAUACCUGUUCAGUAUUUUCAAUUGUGUUGGUGGGUUCUAAUCGAGAUGGUUAUAGUAUUUUGUACAAACGCCAUUGAUUUAUAUAUUCUGAUGCUACUGGAAUCAGUUUGUGCGUAUGCUAUAGUUGCUGCGUCAUGUAGCUGUCCCAUUCAUGGAGAAUGGACGUUUGGUAGAUAAUUGUUUA